GUGGAUUUCAACUUUCACAAAGGCGGCGAUAGGAAUGCAGAUUUGCCGCUGCACCUGAGUAUACGUUUUGAUGAAGGGAAAAUGGUCUACAACACGUACAUUGGUGGUAACUGGAGUGAUAGCGAGCAGCGCAUCAAGAAUCCGUUCAAGGCGAAUGCCGAGUUUGAUCUCCGAGUUCGCAUCAUCAACAACAAAUAUCAAGUAUUUGCGAAUCGCGCCGAAGUCGGCACCUUUGAUCAGCGGAUGCCUCUCGACGGGGUAAGAAAACGAUUUAAUAUAAAUUUGUAUCGAGCCAAUCGCCAGUAUGCUCUGCAAGUAUCCGUACGAUUCAAUGAAGGCGCAGUUGUGCGGAACGCAAUGCAGAAUAAUGUGUGGGGCCGUGAAGAACGAGAAGGUGGUCUGCCGAUAAGCAAAGGAGAAAUUGCUGAUGUGACAAUCAUCAAUGAGCGAUUCAGCUUUCAAGUAUUUUUCAACGGUAAUCGCUUCGCCACAUUUGCGCAUCGUGGCUCUCCGGACGAUAUUGAAACUGUUGAAAUUGACGGCGACUGUGAAAUUUACUCCGUCACUGUUAACAAUGCUGUUGGUGUAUAG